CACUUAUCCGCUCACACCACAACUCAGUUUGGAAGAAGAGAUUCCUCAAGAAAGCGGAAUCAUGGACCAAGAGGAAUACAGACAGAGAGGAAAAGAGAUGGUGGACUACAUUUGCCAGUACCUGACCAGCCUUAGAGAGAGGCGGGUGUCUCCUGAUGUGCAGCCCGGUUACAUGAGAGACCAGCUGCCAGACAGCGCUCCUUUCGAGCCAGAAAGCUGGGACAACAUCUUUAAAGACAUUGAGAAGAUCAUCAUGCCUGGGGUUGUCCAUUGGCAGAGUCCACACAUGCAUGCCUACUUUCCGGCUCUCACAUCCUGGCCUUCACUCCUGGGCGACAUGCUGGCAGACGCCAUUAAUUGCUUGGGAUUUACCUGGGUAAAUGACACCGCUUUUCUUUGUAGUUUUCAUGCUGAAUUGAUGCUGCUCAACAAAAUCAUGGUUGUCGACUGCUGA